CUACCCCAUGGGCAAGCGCUUCGCCAAGGGCGUCUGCCAGUGCAAGCUCAGCGGGCAGGUGUGCGGCAGCGACGGGCGCACCUACGACAACGUGUGCCAGCUGAAGGCCGCCAGCCGCAAGGCGCUGCAGCACGGCCUGCACGCCAUCGCCCAGCUCCAGAAAGGCGCCUGUGAAUCGGGUCACCUACAGUCCAGCAGCCCAAGAUACAAAUUUAACUUCAUAGCAGAUGUGGUGGAAAAGAUCGCACCUGCAGUUGUGCACAUUGAACUUUUCCUCAGGCAUCCUCUUUUUGGUCGGAAUGUCCCCCUUUCCAGUGGAUCUGGGUUUAUUAUGUCAGAUUCUGGUUUAAUCGUGACCAAUGCCCACGUGGUGUCGAGCACCAAUGCCAUAUCAGGGAGACAACAACUGAAAGUGCAGCUGCAAAAUGGAGAUACCUAUGAAGCCACCAUCAAAGACAUUGACAAGAAGUCUGACAUUGCAACAAUAAAGAUUCACCCUAAGAAAAAAUUGCCUGUAUUAUUACUGGGACACUCUGCUGACCUGAGGCCAGGGGAAUUUGUGGUGGCAAUUGGAAGUCCCUUUGCCUUACAGAACACGGUGACAACAGGUAUUGUCAGCACCGCUCAGCGAGAUGGCAAAGAACUUGGCCUGAGGGACUCGGACAUGGAUUAUGUUCAGACAGAUGCUAUUAUCAACUAUGGAAAUUCUGGAGGACCUCUGGUUAAUCUGGACGGUGAAGUGAUUGGAAUUAAUACCUUAAAGGUUACAGCUGGGAUUUCCUUUGCUAUUCCUUCAGACCGCAUCACUCAGUUCCUCACAGAGUCACAUGACAAGCAAAGUAAAGAUGGGAAGAAGCGUUUCAUUGGAAUCAGAAUGCUGACAAUAACACCUGCCUUGGUGGAGGAAUUGAAACACAAUAAUCCUGAUUUCCCCGAUGUCAGAAGUGGAAUUUAUGUACAUGAAGUGGUUCCAAAUUCACCUUCUCAUAGAGGAGGGAUACAAGAUGGAGACAUCAUCGUUAAAGUCAAUGGGAGACCUUUGAUGACUUCCAGUGACCUGCAAGAGGCUGUGAUGAAUGAGUCACCUCUACUACUUGAAGUUCGGAGAGGAAAUGACGAUUUGCUAUUUAACAUUGAGCCUGAAGUUGUCAUGUAAAUAGAACUGAGGAAGCUUUCAUCAUAAUAAACUCACGUAUUCUGGAACACUAGAUACCUCCUUUACAGCUACAGUAAUUAUACUUCCUGUUGACUAAUGACAAGGUGGACUAACUUAAUUGCCUGAGCCAUUUCUGUACAUAGUAGCUAGGAUGAAUUGGAUUAUUCCUUGUAUAGAAGAUGUAACUCAAAAAAAAAAAAAAAAAAAAAAAAAAAAAAGUGUUCUGGGUUGUGUUCUGGGGAGGGAGAGGAGGAAAAAAAAAUGGUAGCUGGUAGAAAUGGGAUCCCCUUCUAGUUUCUGCAGAGUUCAGAGCAGAUUCAGUUCAGUGGUUUGAAAGACCAAAACAUUGCGGAAAGUGAGGAAACAUGCCAAAAGGGGAUUUUUUUUUUUUUUUUCUAAACUACAGUCAUGGCUGCAGCAGAACUAAGCUACUGCAAUGCAAAAUUGAGCUUUUUGUACACCAUUUUUUAUGUGAAACUGGUAUUGGCAAAGCUUGCAUUUGUUCUUAGUGCUUGUAUGCUACAUGUCAAUGCAAAUAGAUUAAAUUUGUAAAUGUAGAAAGGAACAAAAAUGGUAUCAGGCUAUAGAGUGUUACACCUAGGUCAUGCAAUUUUGGAAUAUAGUAAAUGAUUCUUAUAGAAUUAAUGCCUUAUUAUAUAUAAAUCAAAACGAUGUGCUGAACAAAGUUAAGUUUGAGAAAGUGCACAUUUUUUUUAAAUUUGAUACAAAUUAGUUUUGCGUUUUACCAGUAAGCUUGGCUGUAAAAUUGUUAUACUACUUUUGGCUUGUACUGUAUAUGUUUCUACUGUAAGGAGAUAAAAGUUUACACAAAUAAAGUGUUGCUGUA